AUGGCCAAGAGGACCGGAGGAAGGCUCGGCUCACUUGUUAACCUUUCUGCUUUUGCUUGUAGAAAGUAUGAAGAUGAAGAUGAAAGUGAUGAUGAGGAACGGCAGAAAAUAAAUGAGAGAGCUGCUUCCCCGAGUUACAUAAAGGAGCAGAAGGAGAUCAAAGACAGUUUCCGCAAAUUUAUUGAAGAUAGUGAGGAAGAAGAGGAUGAUGUUGAGCUUCUGACUCGAAGAAUAAAAAGUCAGGAGGAGAAGGAUAAAGAGGAGGAAGACUAUCUACAGUGGUUGAAGGGACAAGGAGAGGCCAGUGCAGAUAUUCAGGAUAUGAAAUACUUGCGAGAUUACUGGAAUGACCCCGACUUGGACGAUGGUGAAAAGUUUCUGCGAGACUACGUGCUUAACAAGGGCUACCUGGAUGAGGAGAAUUCCGAUGGCGAGAUCCCCACAUACGAUGAGAUUGUGCAGGAGGAGGUGGAGGACUCGGAGGAUGAGGGCGAGCUGUUUCUUCAGAAGCAGGCAGACUUUGAGAGACAGUACAACUUUCGCUUUGAAGAGCCUGAUGCCAAUGUGAUCAAAACCUACCCCCGCACAAUCGCCUCUUCUGUCCGGACAAAAGAUGUCCGGAGAAAACUGAAAAGGGAGGAAACUAAAGAGAGGAAACAGAAGGAGAAACAGCAUAAACAAGAGGAAUUGAAGCAACUGAAGAAUCUGAAGAGGCAGGAGAUCCUCGCUAAACUGCAAAAACUCAAAGAGCUGACUGGCAAUGAGACCGUAGGCUUUAAUGAAGGGGACCUGGAGGGGGAUUUUGACCCCCAGCAGCACGACAAGUUAAUGCAGAAAUUUUUUGGGAGUGAAUUCUAUGGACAAGAUGAAUCCUAUAAGCCUCAGUUUGAAGAAGAAGAUGACCUGGAUGGAGAGUGGAAUUGGGACAACUGGACUGGGAACGAUGAAGAUUAUGUGGAAGAAGAGACUUAUGAGCCCUACUGUGAAGAUCCAGGCUUCAUUGUAAGCUUCGUGGUGUCCGAGACUGUCCUGAAUAUUUCUAUUUCAUGUGUAUCAAUGUAGGCCUGCAGGAGCGUGGAGAUCAACCGACUCGGCCGUAACUGAUAGCUGAGCCAGGCUUCAUUCAGAUAUCAAGUGGUUUUGCUUUUGACUUCCCGUGUCCACACCUGGGGAAUUCUGCAGGUGUGACUGGGCCUAGUAAGUCGGUUGAGGAGAGUGAGCUGGCAAUCUUGCCCUUUAUUGUCCAAACGCUUAGCCACUUGGCCGUACUGCUCUUUUUAUUUCCUUGAGGUUUCUUUUUAAAUGCAUCUGUACACCAUUAGAGGCUGAUUUCACACAAAUGGGAGUGGUGCUUGAGCCACACUGUGUUUUACUGAUGAAAACUGCUCCCAACUGGCCUUCCUAAGAAGCUUUCUGUUAUUUGUGGGCCUCCCAGUUUUUCUUGCCUUUGUCACUGCAAAAAAA